AUGAUUGAAAAGCUAACCGACCCAACUUUGAAAUCGACAAGCAGUCAAUCGCGUGAAGAAACCCUCAGAGAAAACACAGAGUUUCAAAAUUUCAACAGUGCCGAGUUACUCACGCAUUUGCUUGGGAAAAAUACGUCUGCGAAUAUCAGCAACCGGAAGUGGAAGAACACGGUGAUCAGGAAACGGGUUAACGGUUUUAGUGAUUCAUUUUCGUCGAAAUCCGUAAGCAAGGACGAGAUCCGUCGGGCGGGAUGUUCGAAGAGUUUUUUUGCGAAAUUUUCGUCUCCAAAAUCGAAUAAAUACCGGGCGUUGUUCGGGGAGGUUAACAGAUUCGUGCACGCCGGCGACUAUACCAACAAAAAGUAUGGAAUUAUGGACGAAAACCCCUACGUUCCAAAACAUUUGCCGGAUCAGAAAGUGAAGGACCGGCGCGAUGAGACUUCAGAGGCUCAGUACGGCGGUGAUCCGUCGGAAAGGGGAGAAUAUCUCGAGUACGAUGGCUUAGGCCAAAAAAAAAUCCAGAGCUACCCGGUUAAAGAAAAAGUACAAGACGUCGAUCAAGCAGAAGAGUUUAAAAGUUUUCCGGAAGAAACCCGCACCUACAGAGACCGAGCCUUUUUGUACAGGAACUCAAGCGAAGAGAAUAGUUCCGGGAUUAUUUCACCUGGACAUUUAAUAGAAGAGGAUACCAAUGUUAGUGGUCCUUUUUCUGACGAGGAGUUGGUUAAUUUUCCCGCUGGCGUUUUGUCCGAUGAAACCUUAGACUUCAUACUUUCCGGCACCGACAAGAAAUUGCAUAUCGUACCACCCGCUGAGGAAAAUGCGGGCGGCAGCAAUGAGCUUGAUUCUGGAUCUGACAUGGUGUCGUCUCUUAAAAAUAUUCGACUGGAAGAGAAUUUCAGUGAUGAAGAAUGUUUUAGACCCGGCGAGAACGACAACGAUAUGGUAUUAGUUCCUUCCGAUCCAUUUGAAUGGACCGACAACCACAUAGAAGCAUGGCUCGUGUGGAGUACAACAAAAUUUGGGUUGGAUCCUCCUCCCGAUGUCAGAAAGUUUCCUAGAAACGGGAUUGAAUUGUGUAAUAUGAGCCGAAGUGAAUUUGAAGAUCGAUCUGAUUCUAGAACAGGUACCAUUCUAGCAAAAUAUAUCGCGUUCCUGCGCCACAGCGUCACGGGAAGAGCAAGCAGUCCAUUAAACGUAGACUCAACGGACCCCUACCAUCUUCUGAACGCAGCGACGCAGCGAUUGGUCGCCCAAGGCAGCGGCCAGAUCCAACUGUGGCAAUUUUUGCUUGAACUGCUCGGCGAUUCGUCGAACGCCGGUUGUAUAGCGUGGGAAGGUGCCAACGGAGAAUUCAAGUUAACGGACCCCGACGAGGUGGCCCGACGGUGGGGCGAGAGGAAAUCCAAACCGAACAUGAAUUAUGACAAGCUGAGCCGGGCCUUGAGGUAUUACUACGACAAAAAUAUCAUGUCCAAAGUCCACGGCAAACGUUACGCCUACAAAUUUGACUUUCACGGUCUCAUGGCCGCUUGCCAGGCGCAAGCCCAAGGUCAAAACGAUAUGGUCGCUUCGUACAAGUACCAGCAUCACCAAAGCGAACUCGGGGCAGCACUUUACCCCACUACCCACGGUAGUAAUCCGAGACUGUCAGGAAUGCUGCCCUCCACUGCCCAACAACAAAGUUUAUUCCCGGCACCAUCGUAUUGGCCUUAUUCUACCGGAGGAUUCGAUCCCAGAGGCUCGCCAUUUAAUUAACUAUAGUUUGUGGCGUUUUAAGAUUUUUCAAAACCGAAGUUAUCGUAUCUAUCAAGAAUACCUAUCAGUACUUUUACAAAGUUAUUUGUCUAAACACAUUAACCUCUACACAGGGAUAACCGGCAGCAUAACUUUUUGCGAAGCUUCUUUGAAUCACAGAAAUCGCACAGAGCCAAAUUUUUAGUUUUUAUAUUAUGAGGAUAGUUUUCUGAUACCACGUUCCGUUGAUCUAUUUCGGAUUAAAAUUGGUUCCACUGUUUUGACAUAAAAAUUACAGAAUUUCAACAGAUUUUUGACAUCGUUAGAUACUUGUUGACGAUAGUGCGUUUUAUGAAGAACCGUUUAAAUUAUUAAUAAUUUAAACGGUAAUAGUUUGGAGAGUGUGGAAACGCUGGAAUAUCUCGAGAAAUCAAUCAAAAAACAAAACAAAUGGCUUUAAAUAUCGAAUAAAAAAAACUGUUCAAUAAUACCAAACAUGACCCCCAAAUCAACCACUGGUGGUGAGAAUGUGGUAACUUUGAAAGCUUGAAUGUAAACCUCCGUUUUUUAUUAAAUAUUCGGAUUCUAGGCCACAACCGCGUCAGUCUCGGUGGAUGGUGCUUUAAUUUAAAAAAGAGGUAAGAACAGGGAUACGGUAGAAAUGUUUUAGGUAGAUUUAAAACGCAGAUGGAAUUUUGACAUCAGUUGUGAUGGUCACGUCACGUUGCUAAAAUCGUUCCAAACCGUAAUGGCAGCAAAGAAAGAGUAUGCAACACUUUAAUGAACUUCUUCAGACUCUCAAGGAGAUUCAUGACAUUACAGCGCCAUCAACCGAUUAUCCAAACGAACACUUCGGACGAAAGCUGACUUUUAUGUGACCUUUCCAUAUACGUUUUCAAAGUUGUCCCCUCCUCACCACCAGUAUUUAAUGAUUAAAGGCAUAUUUUACUGUUUACAAAACUUCUGGAUUCCUCCGUGUUUUGUAAAUAGUGUUACAGUUUCUUAAGGCAUAUUUUUGUUUUUUGUUCUCUGCAUAUUUCACCGUCUCCAUACUUUUUCGAAACCGGGUAUAUUUCUUUUUUCUCUUUUGAGGAACAAGAUCAUUAAAUGAUUUUAAAAAUUCAUUAGUCUCAUUAAAGAAAGUUAGAUCUGUGAGGACUAAAAUUCCUGUUGUAUAUGUUUUUUGUUCGCAGAACGGAAUCAAUGGCAAAAAAGAAAAUAUGUCAAUUAUGUUCUUGAUCUGAUUUAAUCUCAAAUAUUACUUAUUUAUGAAAAGUUUAAAGAAAAAAUACUUUUCCUCAACUUCAUAAGUUCUUCUCAAUAGGACUACGCAUACAUAUAUGUUUUUUCAAAAAAAAAAAUUGUCCAUUAACGAACAAACUCGUUUGACAGAUCAAAAUAAAACCAUGACGUCGUCACUACCCAUCCAAAUUCGAUUUAUUAUCUUUGAAGAUGACCAGAUCUCAUACGAAAACGUUUAUAUGAAUUAAAUGUAAUAACUAUUAUUAUUAUCUUGCUAUAAUUCAAAAGCUGUGAUUCGAAUGACAAGAGAUCCUUUUAAAACUUUUCUUAAUAAGCUGCCUGCGAAAAGACAAAAUCAUUAUAAUUUAAAAAUUUAAAAAUACAAAAGUGACCAAGACCAAAUUUCAUAAAUAUUUUGUAGAUUAAAAACUGAUUCCAUGAUUGCAUUGCGAUCUUUGAAUUUUGCAUUAUCUUUUAGAAAAUGAAAUUGUUCUUAAUCCACAACUGAGUAGUAUCUUUUAACAUUUUCUUUGUAAUAUCGUAUUUUCGAGAAAAUUUGUUCUUGCCUCAUAGCUUCGCCCUCCAUGAGUAAACACCGAUAUGAAAUUAAAACUAGUUAAGCAAAAUGAGUUUGUGACCGUAAACACACGCAAGGCGUGGACAUU